GCACGCCGGCUAUCGGUGCUAGGUGGUUCGAUUCUCGGGUAAGGUGUGGGUAAGAAAUUUAUUUACGGAUACUUGAUUGCUAAUGGAAUCAUAUAGAGUUCACAUCCGACGAUAAUUGACGUAUUGCCGUGUGUCUGAAGCCGUAGGCCAUCCCUUCAAAAAAAAAAAAAUCUAAAUUCUAUGGUAAUUUUAUUUAGUUUCUUGUGUUGUGUCUUGUGUGCAAUUCAUUAAAUCUUCAAUGGCGCUCGUGUGUUGAAACGUGUAUUAGACCCUCGUUGAUUAGACCUUACUCAAAGAGUUAUUAUUAACCUGAUCAAUGGUUGCAGUUAAUAAAUCCAAAUUUCUAGAAACGCUUGGUAGAAAUAAACGAUCAAAGAAAAGUUCAAAUGUUAUUGCAACAAAUACGAAAGUACAUAAAAGGGGCUCAAGAGGGAAAAAGAAGAAAUCCCGUUCAGGUAAUAAAAAGUUGGGAGUUCUAAAGAAAAAAGGUGAAGAAUUGAUAAAACAUGAACAGGUGGCAGAUGCAGUUCAGGCUUUGUUGCACCUCAACGAAAAAACUAUGGACGACAGUCAACUGUUUGGCGACGAGCCAAAGCCAAUCAUGAUGCAAGUUGUGUCUUUACGAGUCCCAAAAGUCAAUUUCACGAGGUUACGUUGCAAGCUUCCACAUCCAGCGAUCCUGGACACUUCCGAUGUUUGUCUUUUUGUGCGCAAUUCGACAAUACAAAAGAAGCAAUUGCAGAGAAAAAAAUAUCGCAAAUAUUUUGAGCCUCUUCUGAAUUAUUAUAAGGAACUAUUUUCUCAGGAAGGGAUCACUCGACAGAUACAGGUGAUGCCCCUGCAGCAAUUGCAGACAGAGUACAGCGAAUAUGAGCAGAAGAGACGCUUGUGCCAGCAGUUUGAUGUGUUCCUCACGGACGUACUGAUACUUGAUCAGGUGGCCGAGCAUUUCGGCAAGUACCUGAACUACACGCUCAAUGCAGCCAUUCCAGUAAAAUUACGCGAUGGUAAUCUGAAGGAGCCAAUUGAAGAGGCACUCUCUAAAACGACAAUGCUGAUCCAUGGGAAAGGUGACUCGUAUGCUAUUAAGGUUGGCCAUUCCAAUCAGCCGGUUGAAGAUAUCGUGCAGAACAUUUUUUCAGUUGUCACUGUCUUGUCGAAGGAUUUCCCUGGUGGUUGGGAAAACGUUUCUGCUGUGUACAUCAAGACUCCAGAUUCUUUGUCGAUUCCUGUCCACGUGAGCUUGAGGUCGCCCAACGACGUGCCGUUGCCGCAUGUGCCGCCCCGCAGGCCUGCCAGCGCCCGGCCGGUGAAGGGGAGGCUGAGCACCAGGCCGGGAGCGGUCGUCACCGUGUACCCCUCGGGCCACGUGGUCGUCAAGAGGAAGAAGCGGGGACCCUACAGGCUGUGGACCGACGAAGAGCGGGCAGAGCACAGAGCCAAGGCAUUCAGACGAUCGGCAGAAGGAAAGCUUGGACAGAAGGUUGGGAAACCAGCCAAUGCAGAUGGGAAGAAAGCCACCAAAGGGGAGUCGAAGAUUGGUGUUGAGGAUGAAGAUCAAGUAGAAGCUGAGGUUGUGAAUGCAGAGGAGUCGUAUUUGCAGCGGUGGAGGAGAGAGCGAGAUCAUUAUCACGAAGAGAAAAAGAAAAUGGAGGCCCAAGAAACUGUGCAGGAAGCGGAGAGUGCGAAGCCGAAGAGGAAGAGAGUCAGGUACGAGCCUGGAGAGAUGUGUUUGGGGAAACUCGGGAGCGAGACGAGCAAGCCGGGCAAGUCAAGGUCGGGUGGGAUGGCCCGCUCUGCAUUCCAAGAUCUCAAGUCCAAAAUGAGCAAGAAGAAACACGCGAAGAAGCAAAAGACGGGGAAGCAGACAAAGUCAAUAGUAUGCAGCAACAAGAGCUCCAAAGGCAAAAAAAAGAAAAUCGCAAAGAAAUAAAGGAAGAUUUAAAGGGUUUGUGUGAUGUGCUGUAUUUUUUUUUUUUUGCCGAUUAAUAGUUUGUUCUUGGA